AUGUAUUCGAUUAAAACAGAACCUCAACCAAUUGCAAUCGUUAGUUUACAAAUGAAUGAUACAGAUGAAGAAAUAAGAGUUUAUGAAGGGGAAGACGUAGAAAACAUUGUUAGACUAUUUUGUUAACAGCAUCAAUUGGGAUAAGAUUGUGUUCUGUAUUUGGUUGAUCAAAUAAAUCAAUAAUUACAAAGAGAACCUUCUCCUAGAUUUGGGGAUAGUUUCGGAAACAAAAACAUUUCUCAUCAACUUCUCUACCCUUGUCAUACUUAAUAGAGUGACAUUGGUAUUACUACGUAAGAUAGUAGUGUUAAUGAAAAUUAGAACUCAGCUUAAAAAAGUUAUGAAAUAUGGUAAAAAAUCAUAAAUUAAAAAACAGAUCUGAGAUAACUCAGUUCUGUAACUUAAAAUACAUUAUUAUGGAAUAUUCCCAGUUCAGCCAGAUCUUACAACGAUAAUAAAAAAGUCACAACCAAUGAAAGGCUUUAUCGGGAUGGCUUGGAUAGGUAAAAAACCAAACUGGAAUAGGCCGAAUAAUAUAAACUCCAGAAGUCCAUAUUGGAACAAAAAGAAUCUACUUUCUAACCUUUAAUAUCUCCUCGAUCCAGAUAAAUGGCAGAGUAGAAGAAAUUAAGUAGACCUGAUUGUUCUAUUAAUAAUAUUGGAUUUCAAUUGUAUUAAAAGGGUUUAGAUAUGAAUUCAAAGAAGGAAAUACAUCGAAUGUAAAUGUAAGAAUAGGAAAGAAAAUAAUCUCCUUUUUAACCUAGAAUCACGGACACAAGUAGAAAUAAUUCUCAAAAUAGAUCAAAUACUCCAAUUCAUGAAAAACUCUAUUGUUAAGCUAAAGAAGAUAAGAAAAAGAAGGAAGACUUUUAAAAUAGAGAGUUUUCUAAAAUUCAUCCAUUCCAUCCUAAUUCCUCAAAAAACCAAAUUAAACAAUCUACUAUUUAACAAAAGAAAUUCGUUGAUAAAUUAUUCAAAGAACAAGAAGAAAAAUAGAAAAGAAUAGAGAAAAAAAAACAAGAGUUCUAAAUUCAAACUUAAAGUCAUGUUACUUUUAAACCAACCAUCAAUAAAGAUGCUACUUAUAAGAAGGUUAGUGAAAAGAAAGAAAAUGAGGAUAUCAAGAUUGCCUUAGAUUUAUAGAAAAUGCAAUCGCGUUUAUAAAGUAAGAAUUCUUUUAGUCAAUCUGAGACGAGAAUUUCAUCACAAUAAAGCUUGCAAUCUUUGCUUGAUUUGAAAAUUUAGAGAAUUUUCAAUAAAUUAGACAGUGAUAAGGAUGGAUAUAUUAGCAAAGAUAAUCUGAGUUUGGAGGAACUGGAUUGUGAGACCAAGAAGAUUAUUGAAGUGGUUCUAAAUUAAAUUGAAGAAGACUCGUAUACGGAGAUUAAUUUAAAAGGGUUUAAGAAGCUUUGUGAGAUGCAUCAUUUGCAAGAAUAAUUAAAUAGUUUAUGA